UUUAUAAAGGCGGCGGUGAGCGGCGUCCUGCACUGGUACAUCAUAACAGUAGAAACAACAGCGGAGCCAGUGUUGGAUUUACUCUCUCCAACCGUUUCAUUUCAGCCGUCCUUUAUUUUGAACUCCAACAACAAUGGCAGACACACACGUCGACUCUGGUUCCGACAUCUCUGCGAAGGACCUGAAAGAGAAAAAACUGCUGGAGGAGAAGGAGAACGGCAAAGAUGCUGCCACCAACGGGAAGGAGACGGAGGAAAACGGAGAGCCCGAGGUAGAUGAGGAAGAUGAGGAGGAGGUCGACGAGGAAGAUGAGGAAGACGAUGAUGGAGAAGGUGAUGAAGAGGAUGAAGAAGAGGACGAAGACGAGACGGAGGGCGGCAUGAAGCGGGCAGCGGACGAUGAUGAGGACGACGACGAGGAUGAUGUGGAAACCAAGAAGCAGAAAACCGACGACGACGAUUGAUGGACGCCGCUGGGACGUCCUGCUGACCCACUUCCUGUUCUUCACCUCUGCUACAGCCAGGUCACAGGUGGAGCCGCAGGAGGACUGAUCCAACAAAAACGACAAAAAACAUGAAAACCCCCACGGUCUUUAGAGUAGAGUUCAACUCACACAGAGGUUCAGGCUCACGUGCACACUCACGUGCACACUCCCAACGCUUAGAGGAAACAGGAAGUUCAGCAGCACAUGUGGAAUCACAACAACCAACGCAGAAUUAGUUUGUAUUUUAUUUACAUUUUAUAUUUUUGUACAUAUUGUUAGGAAAGGGGCGGGGCCAGCAGCAGCGGUGUGACGUCAGACCAAACGGGUGCUUUUGAUUGGUUGACCAUGUUCUAUCUGGACACAAACAGCAGAUUAUUGUACAGAGGUGUUAACGUUCCAGUCUGUUUGUACUUUAGCCGUACCAUAAACACAAACUGGCAUUGGUUUUUUGGGGGUGUGGCCAAAAGAACGAGCCAAUUUUCUCCUUUUUGUUUUCUUUUUUCUCAUCAGCCUUUUGUGUGCGGAGUUUGUUGUUUGACAAUAAACCGGACUUUUAUUUUGUGA